GUUAUAACUCCCACUCGUUCCCUUGUACUGUGUGCCGAAUCCAGACGCGAAAUGGAAGACUGGUUAGGAUCACUGAAAUCAGCCUCAAUACCACCGCGGUCAAGAGGUGAUAGUUUCUUCAUCGAACAACAUGAUAUAUUUGCAAAUCAUCAUCACUGGUAUGCCACCUCACAUGCACGGCCAACAUACUGUAAUGUCUGCCGGGAUGCCUUGUCGGGUGUCACUUCGCAUGGACUCUCCUGUGAGGUGUGUAAAUGUAAAGUGCACAAACGUUGUGCAGCCAAAGCAAUAGCCAAUUGCAAAUGGACAACGUUGGCUACGGUGGGCAAAGAUAUCAUAGAGGAUAGAGAGGGCAGUAUUGUUAUGCCACAUCAAUGGAUGGAGGGUAAUUUACCAGUAUCAGCCUCAUGUCAAGUGUGCAAAAGGACUUGUGGCUCAGUGUUGCGUUUACAAGAUUGGCGUUGUUUGUGGUGUCGUAUGACGGUGCAUGUGGCUUGCCGGCCCAAUGUGGCCAUAGCUUGCCCUAUAGGUCCAGCAAAACUGUCGGUGGUUCCUCCCACAUGUGUGCAUUCCAUAGGCAAUGAUGAUUCCUGGGAUGUGGUCAGUCCAAGGGGGACGUUUUCACCGCUUUUGGUAUUUGUCAACUCCAAGUCGGGAGACAAUCAGGGUGUAAAGUUUUUGCGGCGCUUCAAACAACUUUUGAAUCCGGCACAAGUAUUUGAUUUAAUUUCAACUGGCCCUGGUUUGGGUUUAAGACUGUUUCGUCAUUUUGAAAUGUUUCGCAUAUUGGUGUGUUCGGGCGAUGGAUCGGUGGGAUGGGUUUUAAGUGAAAUCGAUCGUUUUAGUAUGGGUAAACAAUGCCAAGUGGCUGUUCUGCCUUUGGGCACGGGCAAUGACUUGGCCCGUGUUUUAGGCUGGGGCUCCUCCUGCGAUGAUGAUGCCCAUUUACCCCAAGUGCUGGAACGUUAUGAAACAGCCAGUACUAAAAUGUUAGAUCGUUGGAGUAUUAUGGUUUUUGAGAAAGCCAUUUCUGUACAACCUAAAGUACCCAAGAUGUCUUUGUCCUCUGAACAGGAGGCACUCUUAACCGGCAUGGUUACAGCUGCCAAUGAAAACUUAUGUUCCAUUGUGGAAACAGAUGAUUUGCCUACACUGAUGUCGGCUACAAAAACUCUGUGCGAAACUAUAGACGAUUUGCUAGAUCGCAUGUGCGAACAUCGCAGAGAAGACGAUCAAUUGACUGUUAAAUGUGACAUUCUAAGGCAAAAGCUAAACAUGCUGUUAGAUGCCUUGAAGGAGGAAGAGAAUGGCUCACAUAGUGGUGAUGAUUUGUUUGCCACCAUCAGUAGCAUAAUCGCAAAAUCAGCACCCAGUUCACCAGUUCCAUCGGCAUCAUCAGCAUCAUUAUUAAAUCCAAACAUAUCAAUUCAGAAAAACGAAAAGGAUCAACUGAAUCUCAAAGAGAGGCGUAAUAGCCGCUCACUUCGGGGCAACGAACGGGAGGCAUUACAAAGUCGUGCUAAUAGUGUUAAGCGCGCCAUGUACAAUGUCGUGGAACACUCCGAGCCUGGCCGUCCGAAACGCUAUCAGCGCCGACUGUCUGUUACCCCCUUCGAAGCCUUGAAGAUACCCACUACCACAUCCAGUGAUUCUACACCCUGUACUUCACCUUUGCCCAUUAUACCACCCAUUAACAUUAUAUCACCUACCAUGGAAACCUCACGUCUAACAUGCAUAUCACCCUUACCCGAUACCCGACGUGAGUCCAUGGACGAACAAUUCUUUAAUUCCAUCAGUUUGCCGGUGCCCAGACAAUUUGCUGAUAGUCGCCGCAGUUCUGGGGUACCGGAAGUCAUACAGGAACAAGAAGAAAAUGCCAAUGGAGAGAUCACAUACAAGAUACAUCGCAUGUCGCUGAGCGGUGGGGCCAAUAUUGACGAUGCUGGUAAUCGUUUAUCGCCUGGCAGCGAAGGCGCCACCACUCCAAUCGAAAGGAAAUUCCUAAAAGUACCCAUUAUAACCAAUGAACACAUGGUUGAUCCAUUGUCUGACUAUCGGCCCAUUGAAGUGUUCGAGCGCAACUACUACAUGAGUCGCGAACUGAAUAAGCAAAAAGAAUCAUUGGAUGAGGAAGAUAGAAUGAUGGAUGCGGGACAAUUGAUACAUACAUGCCAGCUACAGGUACCCAGCAAUAAUAAUGCAAACCCUAAAGAUCCUAAUAAUGUGUAUACAAGUGAAAAUAUAACCAUAAUCGAUACAGACGGAAACACUGAUGAAUGUUCUUGCUCUGAGGAAUUGCCAGUGGAUGGCAGUGAUGUCUUGUCAGCCAUUAGUAAUGAGGAAAUUAGCGUUGGCUCCGAGAUAUUCGAUAAACCGGAACAAUCUGUGGCCGCUUUGCAAUUAGGAGACUUUUUGCAGAAUUUGGAUUCAGCUGACUUUUGCCAUAUUGAUUCGCCUGAAACCAGUGAUGAAACGGAAAAUAUGCCUGGCGAAAGCAUAAUGGAUGACAUUAGUUCAGUUUUGGGUCACGAUAUAACCUGUGCUUUGCAAGACAAUACCAUAACCGAAGAUUCCACUACGCUCUGUUCGGAACAUGUUGCUAAUCCUAAGCCACCACCAAAACCAGCAAGAUCUAAAAAACCAUUGACCACAGCACCCCGCAGACGUAAUUCCUCUCCACCGAACAGACCACGUUUGGUGCACAUGGACAGCGAUGACAAUCCCCAACAAUUUGGUUUUGAAAAUAUUGUAUUCGAAAUUGACAAUCGUUGUGAUGACCAGAAGAUACGUGAACCGCCACGUUUUUGUUCCUUGGCACAAUUUGUGGAAGGUAACGAUAUUGCUCGACAAAGUUUCAAGCAGCUAUCAUUGGAUGGAGCAUUGACCACAACAACGACCACGGCAACCACCAUUACGACCAGCGGCCAUCAGUCGGAGGAUGAUCUGUCAACAGCCACAGCCAUAAGGAUUGAGGUUAGUGAAACCACCAACACAUCCUGCUUGAAGACCAAUAAUAGCACGGCGGCCAAUAACAACAGCAACAGUCAGACAUCACCGAAGAAACUAGGACCAGGACAAGAUGUAAAGCGCAUAACUUUUGAUGACUCGUGUAAAAAAGAAUCAUUUGAUGAUGUAAAUCCCCAUCAUCCACAGAUAAGUGUUGUCGUUAGACCACCCACCCCCCUGAGAGGAGAUGCUAUACGGCCUUUAGAUCCCGAUGCCUGUAACAGUCUGCUGUCGGUGCGUGUACCAACGGAGAUACGGCGACAUUCCAGUCAUGCUGCCAGCUUAACAGUGCGUGAGUUCGACAAGGAAAAGGAUCGUCGUCAUUCCGGUAUCAAUCCAAACUACUUAAGUUUGGAUCCGGAACAUACACGUUUCCUUAGCUCCUCACCAGCCGCUAGUCGUCGCAUUAGCUGUGGCAGUUUGUUUAAGAAAAAAUCGAAGGGUAUGUGUAUGUCGGAACGAGCAUACGGAUUUUUGGGUUUAAGAUUUUUUGUGGUUGCGGAACCCGAUAUACGUUUAGCAACACUAGCAUUAAUCAGGCCUCUAAUACCAUUGCCCAAUGAAGCUUUGCCCAAUAUACAAAAUCUUAAAGGAUCCAAGACCAGUUUAUUUAUGGGCUCAACCUUAUUUGGUUUUGAUCAUUUUGCAUCGGCUGCUACUCCCGAAAAAGAGGAUAAGGAGAGAAAGGAAAAAGAGAAAACUCCCACAGAGGAAAAUCGUAAAUUGCCGAUUAUUAAUCCGAUAGUGAAGUUACCUAACUGGCCAAAUCUUACUGGAGGUUCUGGUUUUAUUUCCAAAUGCCUAAUGGCCAAUGCCGAUACUUUGUGUGCUGCUGUUAGUCCCCUAAUGGACCCGGAUGAAACUCUAUUGGCCGGCUAUCAUGAGAAAUGUGUUAUGAACAAUUAUUUUGGUAUUGGCAUAGAUGCCAAGAUCUCUUUGGAUUUCCACAACAAACGUGAAGAACAUCCGGAAAAGUGUCGCUCCAGAGCCAAGAACUAUAUGUGGUAUGGUGUAUUGGGCUCCAAGCAAUUAUUGCAAAAGACUUGUAAGAAUUUGGAGCAACGAGUGCAGCUGGAAUGUGAUGGCCAAAGAAUACCUUUGCCCUCACUGCAGGGUAUUGUUAUUUUAAAUAUACCCAGCUUCAUGGGUGGCACCAAUUUCUGGGGCAACACCAAGAAGGACGACAUUUUCCUGCCACCCAGUUUCGAUGAUCGCAUAUUGGAGGUAGUAGCUGUAUUUGGUUCUGUACAAAUGGCUGCCUCCAGGCUUAUAAAUCUACAACAUCAUCGUAUUGCUCAAUGCCAUAGUGUACAAAUUAAUAUUUUAGGAGAUGAGGAAAUACCCAUACAGGUAGAUGGUGAAGCCUGGCUACAACCACCCGGCAUGAUACGUAUAUUGCACAAGAAUCGUGUACAAAUGUUAUGCCGCAAUCGCUCACUGGAGGCCUCACUCAAGACCUGGCAAGAGAAACAACGCCAGCAUAGCAUAUCAAUACAACGAGAUCAUUCAUCCACCGCUUCGGAACAUGCCAACUCCACAGAUGAAGUUAUUUCGGAACGUGAAUGUUAUGUUUUGCUUAAUUUCAUUGAGGCCGUUAGUUCUCUAGUGAAAUGGGUGAAAUUCUUGAUUAUAUCACAUCCCACCUUGAGACAUGAUCUUUAUGCGGUGGCCUGUCGUGCUCAAGAUGCUUUGGAGAGUAUACAUCCUCAGGGUAAACUAUUGGAGGGUCCUUCAUUGAGAACCAACUUGGUAGAGGUUAUAGAUUCUUCGCGUCAGCUGUACGAUGAUGCUUGCACUUUGUUAAGAGAUCGUGGUCAUAGUUUGAUAUUGAGAGAAGAUUUGGAAAGUAAACUAAGUGCUGCCCUGGCCAGUAUGGAAAUGGAGCUGAAGAAGUGUUCGGUGCAAAAAUGUGUAGAUGGCAAAUUGAGAGCCUAUUUCAAUGUUUUGGCACCCAAUGAAGAGGGUGAUGGCCGCCGUAAGUCACGCGCCUUUUGGACCCGCCUACGUUCCGGCUCUACCGCCGGCCAGCAACAAUUCAAACCUCCCCUGACCAACACCCGUGAAGCGGUCAGCAACUGGAGUGUCAAUGAAGUCAUUACCUGGCUGGAGAACAUGCAACUUUCCGAAUAUGUUGAUAGUUUCUUACGCAACGAUAUCCGUGGCAAAGAGCUGCUAACACUGGGCCGUCGUGAUCUCAAGGAUUUGGGUGUCAUUAAGGUGGGUCAUGUCAAGCGUAUCUUGCAGGCCAUCAAGGACAUGAAUGAAAACUAA